AUGGCGAUUCCUGCACAUCCGGCGGGGACCAAUGGUCAGGUCCCCGUCAUUGCACACUCCUCGCCAGCUGCGGAGCCCUCGCCCACUUUCACCGUCAAUUCGAGUUCCGACAGUGAGGAUCCGAAUCUCCCGGACGCCGUCCGCGAAGAUGAGGCCAAUGAAGUCGUCGGAGUUAGCAUGAGUCGCGCCCAGAGCCGUAUGAAGGCGCGCCUCACGCCUGCGGAAGAGAAAACCCGUAUGAUGGAACGGCAAAGCAGCUACUUCGACACAAUCCCGGAUACGCCGGAACCGGAGGGUCUUUUUGCAUCUGAAAUCACCGACGAACCAGAAGCUUUGCCUGAAGAACCGGCUGCUAAGCCGGGUGAUGCUCAAGCCUCUUCAGCGGACUUGGCGGCGCCACAGCGUGACAGCGCCCGGGGAUCCAAGGACGGUCAGCGAACCAGCUUCACCCGUUCGAUCUUGAAAUCCGGAUUGCCCCUUCGACCCAGGGCAUGGUCCGGCGACUCUUUGACCAACAUACGCCUGAAGAAGUUCCUGCCAGAUCUAUUAACUAAACGAUCAUCGCUUUCCUUCCGACCCGGAUCGUCAUCGCAAGUCCGGGCUCGCAGUCAGACCCUGAAGCCCGUGUCAAAGCUGGCAUUGGAACAGGAAAAAGACGAAUCAGCGCUGCAGUCCCGGCGGAAAUCGUUCUCCGAUCCAGAAUCUAGAGAUAGUCCCGAGGAGCAAGUAUCUGAACUCGAUCCUCUCGGGGGCGCCACGACCGCUAGACACUCUUAUGCGCGAAGGCCCAGCACAACAGGCCGCCCACCUUCUCUCCUACGGAGAUCAUCUUCAGACCAGUCUUUAUAUCUGAGGGCUUCGUCAACCGCAUCGUCUCUUGAACAGCGUCCCCGUUACGAGCAUAUCCAUUCGCAAGUCAACAGCCGGUUCAAGGCGAUCAAGGACAGUCUUCAGGAUUCCAGCAGCCGGCUACUUAGUAUGCCCACGCUGCACCUGCAAGACUUCCGAAGUGAUUGGGGCUAUAAGCCAUUUCUGUCCGAUGUCACUAAUCGCAGGGGCCACACCUACGCCACGCCAGAGCAGCCGCCUGCUGCUCGGGAGAUGCCGGGUGAUGAAUCAAUCCCACCUCGGGCCCGUUCUCCGCGGACCAGUAUUAGUGCACAGUACCCCAAUUUGACCGAGGCCAUGGCCGAAAUGACCGGUGAUGUCGUGAUCCUGGGAGGCUAUCGAGGCUCGGUCUUGCGGUCCGCCAAACCGCCGCAGCGCCAACUCUGGGUUCCGAUGAAAGUCGGCCUGAACCUUCGCAAGGUGGAUCUGGAAGUUGGCUUAAACCCGGAAGAUGAGGAACGCAUGGAAGAAACCAUUAUCCCGUCCGGCGUGUUGUCCCAUGUUGGCCCAGUCGAUAUCUGCCGCCGGCUGAUGAAACGCCUUCAAAAGUGCCCGAACGCCGUCAAUGGUGACCUCCGAGUCCACGAUUAUGGCUACGACUGGCGGUUGAGUCCGCAUUUACUUGCUAAGCGAUUAGUCAAGUUUCUCGAAGGCUUGCCCUGUAACUCCCCAGACGUUCCCCGCGAAAAGCGCGGGGCCUAUGUCAUCGCCCACAGUCUGGGUGGCCUCAUCACACGGCAUGCCGUUAAUCAGCGACCGGAUCUCUUCGCAGGAGUCCUCUAUGCGGGCGUUCCGCAGCACUGUGUCAACAUCUUGGGCCCUCUUCGUAAUGGAGAUGAUGUGCUGCUUAGUUCCCGCGUCCUUACAGCUCAGGUGAACUUCACCUUCCGUACCAGCUUCGCCCUCCUUCCAGAGGACGGACACUGCUUCAUCAACAAGCGGACGAAGGAAGAGUACCGUGUGGAUUUUUUCUCGGCCCAGGCGUGGGACGACUAUCGGCUCUCUCCUUGUAUCAAUCCGGCCCUUCCACUUCCAAAUAGCAGAGGCUUCAAGGACAACUUACCUCUCCUCGGGAAGCGCAUCUCCACCGUCCUAGGCAGCAAGGAUAGUCUGUCCUCGACGGAUGAUGCCAAUGGCGAGCAGGCAUCACACAAUCACACCUCGAACCCUAACGAGACAGCAAAUCCCUCCAAUGAGUCCACCGGAAAAUAUGCACCGGUCUCUGCCCCGAACCUGGAGAGCGCGGUAGGACCAACGUCCAAUUUCAAGGGCUCAGCCAAUACCAAGGCUACCACAACCACGACCAUACCCCGUGCAACAGCCGUGACUUAUCUAGAGCGCACCCUCGCAGAGGUUCUUCGGUUCAAGCAAGAGCUUGCAUUCAACUCCUCGCAUCAGUCUCAAAACAAAUACCCACCCUUCGCCGUGCUAUACGGCAAGUCCGUGCCCACCGUCUACGGGGCUCGCGUCGAAUCGCGCGAGCGCAUCCCAUACCAAGACGCCUACGACGAUCUGGCGUUCGCCGCCGGCGACGGCGUCUGUCUUGCCUCCGCGGCCAUGCUGCCGCCGGGAUACCGAAUCAUCAAGGGUGGAUUGGUGAAGAGCGACCGUGGCCACGUCGGACUUCUAGGCGACCUAGAAGGCGUGGGUCAGUGUCUUCUGGCGUUGGUCAGAGGCCGACAAGAGGGUGUUGGACUGGGAGGUGAAUCUUCUCAGCAACAAUCAUCUUCGUCAUGA